CGCUCGCAUACAUCGUGUCGGCCUCCAGGACGCUCAUCAGUGGGGGAUCUGGGGCGACUUCAAGCGAAGUCCGUCGAACUUGUCAGAUGUCCGUUUGACAAUCACAAACACAUUUGAUAUGAAUCUGCCUAAUUCGAGCUCAUCAGGAGCUUCACAAACGAGCUUUGUGAUCUCCCAACAAGCAACGAUGAGUCCCCAAAUGGCCCCUCCGGAAUCUCCCGCUCCGACGACACCGAAUCUCUCUACCGUGGGCUCUACCCCCCCUCAUCCGUCUCCUAGUCCGCAUCUGACGAGUUCUCCUGCUCCUCCAAACCAGCUGGUUGUCACGUCACAGCAUCAAGCGACCAGUGCGAAUACUUUGCAGUUCACAUCGGCUGUGGUGUCUUCGGUUGGGAACAUGGUUCAGCAACCAACCGUGAUCCAAACAAUGGCCCAGGGUGGACUCCAGUUUCCUUCGCAGGUAUCGAUGCUCCCGCAGGGUCAACUCAAUGCAGGAGCGUACAUUCAAUCGAUAUACCCGACCGGGCAGCAGCCGAUGCUCCUCUCCUCCGCUGGAGGUUUGACGCUCCAACAAGCAGCGCUAGGCCAAGGGAUCACCGUUGUACAGAAUCCCCCGCAGAAGCUCGCCCAAAGCGGCGAUAACAAACAGUCGAUGAUGAAUCAGAACCAAACGAAAAAUGGUGCCGUCACGAGUCAAGCCGGACCGAACAAAGUCCAGAACAUGCCGCAGAGAUCUCAGUCGAAUCAGCAAAUUGUGACGGGACAAGGACAAUCGAUCAUAACGGGACAUCCUCAGACCCAGUUUGUCACUCAGUCCGGACCGAAUGGGCAGACGUUAUUCUAUAGCCCACUGGGGGUCCUUCCUCAAGGAAGCAUGGUUUCACAGAGUAUUCAAGCACAACAGAAUCAGAAAGGCGGUCAGCAGAAGUUCGUUGGUCAGCAGAAAGGUGCACAGGGACAACUUCAAAUCACCAGUGUUCAAAACUCCCCGUACCGACAUAUCAACCCCGGCCCAUCACAGCAGUUGAUCACCACUGGGGGUCAAUCCGUUCUGGGGCAGCCUCAGAUCAUCAGUCCUUUGCAAGCGUUCAACGCUUUUGGUCCUGGUAUUUCAUGGGCCGGUCAAUUACAAGGGAACCCAUUGCUGCAAUCUCCGAUCCUCAUUCGGAAUCAGCAUGACGGUAAUGUCUACAUCCAAAGCGCUCCCACCGCUCAACAGCAACAGCUGCAACCCAUGCAGGUCCAGCAGCAACUGCAAACAUCACAACAAGUGAAUCAGCAAGUUUCCACUGGUGUUCUGCCGAACGUUGUCCAUAGCGUUAGUCCUCAGACCUUGGUAGGAACCUCUCCUUUGAACCAAUCGACGCCGACGCUCCACAUUCCUAAUCCUCCCCUGACUCCUCAACAACAACAGCAACAACAACAACAGCAGCAGCAGCAGCAAGCGUCACAGUCCCAGCAACAAGCGCAGCAGCAGCUCGCGCAGCAACAGACGCAACAACAGGCACAACAGCAGGCGCAACAGCACAUGCAACAACAACGGCAACAAAUACAAGCCGGAAACCAAAUAAUGACGACCACCGUGCAGAGUCCUCUGAUUCAGCCCGGGAAUCAAAGGAUGCCUCGACCGCCCACACCGCAGCCUCAGCAACAGAUCGCUGUUGGGAUGAAAACCGCUAUGAACCAAGGGCUGAACCCACGGGCUCCUCGAGGAGCGGGUUCGCGACCCUCGUCUAACCAUCAGCUGACUGGAGUAUCGCCCGGAACCGAAAUCAAGGGGAGCGCAGCCGAUGAGAUAUCGAAACAGGAAACCAACGGGCUCGUUCAGGCUAUGAGAGUUGUCGCGCCGAUAACUGAGCCCCAGUCGAUGCUACCCGUUGCAACGGUCUCACCGAUGGACGCUAGUAUAUCACCCAUGCCUCCCAGAGUGACAGUGGUCACUCUGCCGGAUAUGCCCGAGCCGGAGAUCAGCACAUCUCCAGCCAUAGCAGCUCCUUUCCCUCAGGAAGGCGGAGAGGCACCAGAGAUGGAGGAAGCCUCGGAAAUCCUCACCCAUAUAAUCGAUGGAUACGUCAUCCGGGAAGGUCCGACUCCAUUCCCAGUGAGCAGACGAGCUCUUUUAUCCGAUGUUUUGCGAAGAGAACACGAAACACUUUUCGGCACCGACAAGGAGAGAAAACGGAAAGUCGAGAACAGCACCGAAGCAACCCUGCCAGAGACCGAAGGCGCUGUUCCAAACGACGAGAGAGUCGGUGAGAAUGCCUCUGCACCGGAGAGUGCUGCGAGGUCGCAGCAGAAGACGUCAAAUGAUGAAACUACUCCACAAAGAUCUGCUGAGGCUCAGAACGGCGAGAAAUUCGGAAAGAUCCCGAAAUUCUGGAACGUUCAAGAGGUUUUCGAGUUCAUCAACAGCAUUUCGGGAUGUGCGGCGUAUGCGGAGGAGUUCCGCGCUCAAGAGAUCGACGGGGAGGCGCUGCUCAUAUUGAAGGAAGAGAGUUUCGCGAAAAUAAAGAACAUGAAGCUCGGCCCAGCAGCGAAAAUUUGCAUGCGCCUGGACCAGUUGCUUUCCUGA